UUUAGGAAGUGAGAAGCACUAGCAGGACGUGUGCAUCUAGCCGGCCACGAAGGUAACGCUACGUCUCAUUUGGAGUCGCAAAUAUGGUGCUGCUCGAAAACGACUCGUUCCUCACAGAGCUCACACGUUUGUUCCAGAAGUGCAGAUCCUCUGGUAGUGUUGUCAUCACUUUGAAAAAGUAUGAUGGGAGGACCAAGCCAGUGCCCAGAAAAGGCCACUUGGUGUCCUUUGAGCCUUCAGACAAUAAAUGUCUUCUCAGAGCUUCUGAUGGCAAGAAGAAAAUUAGCACAGUGGUCAGCACCAAAGAAGUGAUCAAGUUUCAGAUGGCAUACUCAAACCUCCUGCGAGCGCACAUUGAUGGUCUGAAAAAGAAAGACAAGAAGAGCAAAAGCAAGAAGACCAAAGCCACCCAGUGAGCAAUAGACUCAAAAAGGCUCAUGAACUGACCUGGUUCCAAUUUUGAGAAGAUAGGAGCGGGUCCCACCCCAGGCAGUCCACCCCCCACACACCGUGCUCAUCCACCCAGUGACUACUUCGAUAUUUUGCCAAGAUCUCGUGUCGUCAAUGACUGUUCCGUGCCACCUGUGAGGAUUUCUUGUGCUGCACAAAUUGACGUCUGGAGCCAAAACCACUCCAUCGGUUUGGCCUUUCGUCUGUUGAAAGGCUACGCUCCCUAUUUAUGUUCAAUUUAGGAUUGUCAAAGCAGACUCUUUUUAUAUUUGAAAUAGUUUUUUUCGAGGGAUGUUUUUCAGUGUAUUGAUAUUAGAAGAGUUGCAUGGAAAAAAAACUAAAAUCACAUGUCUUAGUAGUUUUAUUUUUAUGUAAUAAGUACAAUGCUUAUAGUCUCCCUCAUAUGAUGGAAAUCUGAAGCUGCCACACUGGCCCUCUUACUUUGUCAAACAACAAAAUGUUAUGUAGAAAGCUUCAGUUCAUUGAAAAUGCAAAUCAGACUUGAGGAUGAAGCUAAAUUGUACAGAAUUUUAUGUCCUGAUAAAGAUGUACUGAAAGGCGCGUUUGAGUUACAGGCAGAGAAUCCCGAGCGCGCCGGGUCUGGCCCGCAGCAGAAUUUCAGUUGACUAAUAAAGUGCUAUGUUGAAAAGAAAUCGCAGUGUUUGGGUCCGUUCUGCUAUAGAAGAGCAAACAUGUACACCAAGACUUGGAGUGAGCCUCUCAGAGCGCCGUGUUCUUCUUGUCUGCUCUCUCCUUUGGGGAGACUGCGGGAUGGUUCUGUCUGUCCGCCUCCUUGUAGCCUUGCUUCAUCAGGCAGGUCACGUACUGAAACAGGGUCUGGAUCACACACGGGGUAACAAUUCUUUCAACCACAAGAGAGCAGCACGUACUAAAUACACCGAGACUUGUUGUCCUCUUUAUGUGUACACUGGUGAGGAGUUCUAACAUGUUUUGAGGUUACAUAAGUCACCCAAUGAACGAGUUUUCAGCGGUGUAAAAAUGUCACACAGCACACACAGUAAGUUACCGCUUAUUAACGGUGUUUCAUUUGUUUAAUAUUAAUGGCUUAGUGGCUUCGAGACAUUGUCUGUAAUUAGGACUGUGGACAGCGAUCUGUGCAUCGGCACGCUGAAAUUCACCUAUCUGCGUUCUUUUUCUCUGAAAUCUAUCCUGAGCUCUUUGCUCGAAAGAGAGAAAAGAGAGGGGGGAAAAAACACCCAUUUUUUGUUUUUGUGCUCUUUCUGAAAGGGUUUGUAUCUUGGGGAGGAGCAAAGUUUAGCCUGGGUUGUUAGCAUCAAUAGUUAAGUCUGUGCAGCAUGUACACUUGCGGUGCUUUUUUUAAAAAAAAAAUGUAUCAUCUGUACAUCAUUAGCUUUUAAGGGUAAUGAAAGAAGUCUGAAAUAACUGUUUUGGGGUCAUAGUUUGUGAUAUAUGAACAGUUUAAACAAAUUUUGUGCAUCAGUUUUUGUUUUUUUUCUUGGUCCAUUUCCCCCUGCAAAUAUCAUGUUUGUCCAGCUGUGGUAACUUCAGAUGAUUUUACAUGAUUCGAAAA